AUGGAUAGAGCACUCUCAAAUGGAGGUUGGAGAAUCAUAUUUGAAGGAGCCAGGGUGGAGGUGCUGCCAAGAACCAACUCGGAUCAUCAUCCUCUAUUGAUAACAACAGAACCUCCCCUCCCAACAAAUAAAAAUAGGCCGUUUCGCUAUGAAGCAAUGUGGAAGAUGCAUCCGAAUUUUGAUGAAGUCAUUAAGGAUCAUUGGAGUCAGGGGGAACCUUUUUCCAUUGCGUUGAAUCUGGAGAAGAGGUUGAGGGAAAAUUUGGAAGAGAUUCUAAACAGAGAAGAGGUCAUGUGGCUGCAAAAGUCCAGAGAAAAAUGGCUAGUCGAAGGGGAUCGGAACACAAAAUACUACCACACCAGAACGAUUAUUAGAAGAAGGAGAAAAAAGGUGUUGAAACUCAGAAAUCAUGCAGGAAAAUGGGUGGAAGAUGCUAAAGACCUGGAAAGGAUGGCAAUUAAUUAUUUCAAAAGGCUUUACAUAGAAGAGGACGAUAAUCAGAGUGAUAUUAGCCUUGUUAAUAACUACCCAUCCCUCAACCCAUCCAUAAAGGAAGGAAUUGAUAACAUCCCUAUAGAGCCAAAGAUUAAAAGAGCAAUUUUUAAUAUAGGAUCCUUGAAGGCGCCUGGAGAGGAUGGAUUUCUAGCUCUCUUCUUCAAAGAAAACUGGAGCACCAUGAAAGAUAGUAUUGUGGAUUAUAUCAUAUUAAUGUGGGAGGAGCCAGAGAGGAUAAGGGAACAGAACGGAACUCUAAUUUCCCUUAUUCCAAAGGUAUCAAACCCAUAA